AGAAUUGGGGAAGAGACUUUCGCAAGCAAUCUAGAAGCAAAUCGAUUCCCAAAUCUCCGGAUUAUUUGCAAGAAUCAUUCCCAAAUAAUCUUCCCCAGAUUCUCCACUUCUCCAGCUUGAAGAAGACGACGAAGAUAUGGCUACAUCGAAGAAAAUGAUCACACGUGAAGAAUGGGAGAAGAAACUAAAUGCUGUGAAGCUUAGGAAAGAAGAUAUGAAUACUUUGGUGAUGAAUUUUCUUGUGACUGAAGGAUAUGUUGAAGCUGCUGAGAAAUUUCAAAGAGAGUCUGGAACCAAACCAGAGAUUGAUCUUGCCACCAUCACUGAUCGAAUGGCUGUUAAAAAGGCUGUCCAAAACGGAAAUGUCGAGGAUGCGAUUGAAAAAGUGAAUGAUUUGAAUCCUGAGAUACUAGACACAAAUCCGGAGCUCUUUUUUCAUCUUCAGCAACAAAGGUUGAUAGAAUUAAUUCGACAAGGGAAGACAGAUGAGGCCUUGGAGUUUGCUCAGGAGGAACUUGCACCACGUGGCGAAGAAAACCAAGCGUUUCUGGAAGAAUUGGAAAAAACUGUAGCCCUACUUGUUUUUGACGAUGCCUCUACCUGCCCGGUUAAAGAGCUUCUUGACCUUUCCCACCGCCUUAAGACAGCAAGUGAAGUAAAUGCAGCGAUUCUUACAAGCCAGAGCCACGAGAAAGAUCCUAAACUUCCAAGCUUGUUGAAGAUGUUGAUUUGGGCCCAAAAACAACUGGAUGAGAAAGCAGUGUAUCCGCACAUUAAUGAUUUGUCUACUGGUCAGCUCGAAGACCCGUCAGAAUGAUUCCGUACUUGUUUCAGCAAUGGAGAAACAGAAGCAAAAAGGAACACUGAAUGGUGCUCUUCUCUUCCCUUCAAUCUCAAUAACUUAUAAUUCAUAUGCUUUCUGCUUUUCCUUUUCUUCUGCAUCGGGAUUUGUUGAACCCGCAAUUGUUAGGAUAUGUGGAGGGGAACAUAAGCUGUUGUAGGCAAUGAAUUACUCUAGUCAAAUGUUCUUAUUAUCAACAUAUUUCAUAACUCCUUGUGCAUUUGAUUUGAAUGAAGUUAUCGACUUUGU